AAGCAAACUUUUCUGCGGGAUCCCACACACAAACCUCGGAAAAGCGACACACCUGGUUCCAACGCGCUCGCGCGCAUACGCAAUUCUCAUUCGCACAUCGAACACCUUUCCCGCUACCCAUAACCGUCGUUCCAAUACCGUAGCCAUGGAUCGCUACGGGAAGAAAGACCACGAGCUCGCCGAGAGCUCGGAUGAGAAGCCCAUCGACUCCCAGCUCGAGCAGGCGCAGAUGCUUGCCGAUCUGCCCGAUCCCGAUGCCGGAAAGUCUGCAGAGGAGCGUGCCGCCAUCGACAAGAAGCUCAUGUGGAAGGUCGACCUUUGGCUGGUCCCUUGGCUAUCCCUCCUUUACCUCCUCUCCUUCCUCGACCGAACCAAUAUUGGCAAUGCGCGUCUCGCCGGCAUGGAGGAUGACCUCAAGAUGAGCGGCACCGAUUACAAUAUGUCGCUCACCAUCUUCUUCAUCAGCUACGCCGUCUUCGAGCCCGCCACCAAUGCCUUGCUCAAGCGCCUCACACCCCGCAUCUUUUUCACCGGAAUCAUCAUCGUCUGGGGCAUGAUCAUGACGCUCAUGGGUCUGUGCACGAACUUUUCCGGUCUCCUUGCCGCCCGCUGGUUCCUCGGUAUCGCUGAGGCUGGUCUCUUCCCUGGUGUCAACUACUACCUCUCUUGCUGGUACAAGGGAUCCGAAAUCGGUGUCCGCUCCGCCGUUUUCUUCUCCGCCGCCGCUCUGGCCGGCUCCUUCGGCGGUCUCCUCGCCGCAGCCAUCGCCAAGAUGGACGGCAUCGGCGGCAAGCCCGGCUGGGCCUGGAUCUUCAUCAUCGAGGGUCUGGCCACCGUCUUCGUCGGUAUCUUCUGCUGGUGGAUGGUCUUCGACUGGCCAGAGGGCGCCCGCUUCCUGACCCCCGACGAGCGCAUCCGCGUUCAGCGCCGCCUCAUCGCCGACAAGCAGGGCCGCACCGCCGAGGACUUUGACAAGCGCCAUAUCUACGCUGCCAUGAAGGAUUGGAAGACGUAUGGAUACAUGGUCAUCUACAUGGGCUGCCUCGUGCCCCUUUACGCCUUCUCCCUCUUCUUGCCGACCAUCCUCCGUGGCAUGGGUCACCAAGGCACCAAGGCCCAGCUGCUUUCCGUCCCGCCUUACGCCGUUGCUGCGGCUCUCACUGUUACUGUCGGUAUCAUUGCCGAUAAGACCCGCUGGCGCGGAUACUGCAAUGUCGCGACUGUCACUAUUGGUAUCGUCGGAUUUGUCAUGCUCAUCUCUACGACAAACCCCCAGAUCCAGUACGCCGGAACUUUCCUCGGCGCCGCUGGUAUCUACCCGACCAUCUCAAACACCCUCUCAUGGGUCAUCAACAACACCGAGGGCUCUCUCAAGCGUGCUUUCGUCCUCGGCAUGGUCGUCGGAUGGGGUAAUCUCAACGGUGUUGUCUCUUCCAACAUUUACCUCAAGGCUGAGGCCCCUCGUUACCUUACCGGCCACGGUGUUGUCUUGGGCUAUCAGAUUCUAUUUCUCCUCGGUGGAUCUAUCUUCAUGCACUUCGCGCUUAGAGUCUCCAACAGCCGCCGCAGAGCAGGCAAGAUGGAUGCUCAGUGGGCUGGCAUGACUGAUGAACAGAGGUGGGUUGCUGGAGACAAGCGCCCCGACUUUAUGUACACACUAUAGGUGCUAUAUGGUGCUUUGCUUUGCUAUUACAGCUAUAGAAAUUGGGUCAGGAGGUAUGAACCCUGCGUUCAAAGAUUGAGCUACAUAGUGUCUCAAGAGCGCUCUUGUGUACAUUCUUUGUCUUUGUGAAGUCAAUGAUACCAUCCCUGCAUUAGAGAUUAUCAUUUCACUUCUUCGUAUGCACGUGCUUCCAAGGACUGUAUGUGUGUACAGCCUGUGUCCUAAGGUGGUCUGUUACGAAUCCACAUUAUUGCAUAUUACCUUGUACUAUUAGCUAGGGGAUACGGAGCCUACGCUCUUGGUUGGUACAAUGAAACAUGGAAUUUUGUGUUCUACAAU